UUGUUCUAGCAACAUAAAUUUUGUGAAAAAAAAUUUUCUAAAAGUAAUCGCUUAUUAUAGUAAAGUAAAAUUUAUAACGAAUCGCGCUUGUUCUAGCAACAUAAAUUUUGUGAAAAAAAAUUUUCUAAAAAUAAUCGCUUAUUAUAGUAAAGUAAAGUUUAUAACAAAUCGCGCUUGUUCUAGCAACAUAAAUUUUAUGAAAAAAAAAUUUCUAAAAGUAAUCGCUUAUUAUAGUAAAGUAAAAUAAAAAACAAAUUUACCUGCUUUCUGUUAACGUAAUUAUCUUCAAAAUAAAUUUAUCAACAUAUCUUGCUUAUUAUAGUAAAGUAAUAAACAAUGAAAGUGAUUGGAAAAAAAGUUAAAAUAAUCGGUAUAGUCGUAGCAGUUAUACUGAUCAUCGCUGGGGUGACUGCUGUAGCAAUGUUGAUGCGUAGAUCAUUACCAGACCCGGAGACCGUUCGUAAAAUUCGAAGUGCAAUGCAAGUAGGUCCAUCUUAUAUAAGUAAGGCUCACCAGGAUAAUAUUGAUAGAAAAAGAGCUAUCGCGAACUUUGCGAAUGAUGCAUUUCCCGAGUGGACCACCAAGGAAGAAGAAUUUAAUAAGCUCACACUAUUUGCCAUCGAAUUACUGGAGUUGAAUGUAACGAGAGAUGCUCUAUCCCUGUGUCGAUCAAUAGUAGAAUCAAUUAUAAACAGUAUAAUUAGUCGAUUACAGUUAAUACCUGGUCCUUUGACCGCAAUUCCGUGGGGCAAAAAUUGGUACCCAUUUUCGAUUUACGUGACUCGGUUGUUUGUAACGUAUGAAUACCUCGGCGACGAUUCUAACCUCAAAAGGAAAUGUCAUGAUCAAUUGAUAAGAAUUACUCCCUAUAUUGGUGUGUCUUUUCAAUCGACUCGCGAAGGUGAAAACUUAUUUUACAUGGCGGUAGCACGUCUGUGUUCCAACUAUCUAUUUGAACCUGAUCAAUUCAUCAAAGAUCAGAGUGAUCCUCAAUUUAAAAAACUUGAAGCUUAUCUAGAGUUUCCGAUAGUAAAAACAAAUGAAGUAAAAGAAGGUCGUUAUCCUGAUGGCUCGUGGAUUUACAGUGAAAAUGUCGCUUCAUAUGCUGAAGCACGUAAAUACGGGGAAUUUUAUGAUCGAUUGUAUCGAAUCUUCGGCUUCCCAUCGAAAAUCAAAGAGGGCGCGGAGUCAAUAUUUCCGAAACUGUUGCAUCCAAAGAUUCCUUACUUACCGUUAGGAUUAGUCGGUCGAUCUGGCAAAGUUGUAAAUUACAAACGCUAUCCAAAUAUGACAAUUAGUGAAACUGGAGUCUUCGUGAUGCCGUUCAUGGGUUUUGGUAUUUUCAAAUCUCCACAUUUCCUAUUUUAUGUGCGGGUUCAGAGGCCUGGCAUCGCAGCUUUCCAAGCUAAGAAAUUCAAUGGUGACGAGAUUGAAAAAAAUCCUAAUCAUCUAGGACUUGGCUGGGUUCAGUUGCGUAAACUGUAUCGAAAUAAUUAUGCAACUCGCACCGAUAAGAUAGUUGAAUACACAUGGAAAAAUUUAAAAAUCCAACCGGGUCUAUUAACUUUUGCAGAUAAUGAAGUUAACUUCUUAGAAGUAUUUAAUGUACCAGACGGUAAAAAACCAAAAUCUUUCAUGACUAAAAGGGAAACAUUAAAAUCGUACAUCGGCCAGUUAAAUGCAGACAGUGAGGACAUCAGUAAAAAAUUGCUAUUCUGGUUAAAUAUUUACGAUUUUGAUGAUGUCUACACGGGAGGUUGCGAAGUUACUGAAGCUGCAAUUGUUACCGAUCAAGGAUUGCAAGCUUACUAUAUCAUUAACAACAAAACGGGCAAACCGUUGAAAUUCAUUUGCAAAGACGAACAAACUGAGUGGAAAGUCAAAAUCAACGAUAGCGAGCUAAGUGAAAAUUUUCACAACGUGCCUGCAAGUUUGACUACUGAAUUUAGCUGGCGAGUUCUUCAAAGUGAUGAUAUUGACUACAAAGUUAGAUAUGUGCGUGGUGUAAUGACCUUUAAAUUUCAAACAAAGGAAUACAAGAUUGAGGCCUCUCCCCUGUCUGGAACCUACGUUGUUAAAGAUGAGGAUGAUAAGGAUGUUGUAAAAGGUUCUAUGUAAAAUAUUUCGUAAGCGUAAUCGACGUAUGGCUUCAAACGACAGGCAGAUAAUUUUAUGAGAAACCUUAAUUAGAAAUUGAUUAUUAAUGAAACAAUUUGAGAAUAUUGAAUUUUUUUUUUA